AUGAUUCUUGAAGGCGCGCCGGUGACGGGGCUGACGCUGCUCAUCUCGACUGUGUCAUCAGCAAUGGUACGGGGCCACUACACGCGUUACCGUAACCUGGCCUUUCCUGUAGACACGCUGGCGACCCCCCUCAGCAGCUUCGCGGUCGCAAAGCGCCUCCUGCUGCAGAGCAUUCCGGUAGGCCCGCUGGGCAUUUCUGUCAUGGAUGUAUUUCUCGCUAUCAACCUGCUCUAUCAGUUUCGCACGCUGGAGCGGCGAUGGGGGUCUAACUCGUACAUGGCGUUUGUCUUCAGUUCAGCCAUGCUUGGCGUGUGCGCCAUCCAACUCUUCGUCGCGGAGAGCGGGUCGAAGCAGCUGUCCAUCGACGCUGUCCGCAUCCUCUCUGCUGCCGGCACCAUCACCCCUUUGUCAGCGCUAGCCACUUGUUAUCUUCGGGAGGUACCGCCACGGUCGACAUUGGCUAUGCGCAUCCCUGGCACGAACUUCACCAUUUCCGAGAAGGCAUUGAUGCUGCUGCCGCUACUGAAGCUCGUGCUGUGCCCCAGCACACAGCUGCAGAUGCAGACGUUCCGCCGGGCAGCGGUGGAGGUCGACGUGGGUGUGUGGACACGGUUGUGGCUUGCCAUCAUCGGCGCUAUCUUUUCCAUGAUGUCAACCCGCUCGUGUGUCAUACGGUGGUGGCUGACGGUCUUCACUCGGUACAUGUGCCGGCCACUGUUGCGUUUCCUGCGGCCUCUGACAGAGGCUCUAUUUGGGCCGUCGUUCACUGUGGACCACGCCAAACCGCGGAGCGCGCAGCACCAGCAGGGCGGCAACGGAAACUUUCAACUGGGCAUCGGCAGCGCUCGCGGCAACUUCGGUGGCGCUGACGACGCUGGUGUUGUGGACGGUGGUCGAUACGUGGUGGAGAGCCUGACAGGUGAUGCCACGCUGGAGGAGGUACGUGCCCGCAUGCGCGCGCGGCGGCACAGGGCUCAACAGCAGCAGAGCCCACGUGCCGGAGUCGUAGCGGCCGGUGCGGUUGAUCCUGCGCGGCGUACCAGUCCCCAGGAGGAGGCGGCGAGAAACGAGGCAAUCGCGACUGUAGAGGAAAUUGGACUCAACGCGUCACGUGACGAGAUCAUCGCAGCACUGGACAUGACGGGAGGUCACCUUGAGAUGGCUGUGCAAAUCCUUCUGGGCAACUAA